AUUACGGAAGCGUUUCAAGACCGUUUAGGAGCUCCCUGAAGUUUCUCAACAACGUUGUGAUGCUGUAAACAGUUUGGAAUACAACUAUUCAUUGAAACACUCCUGUGAUGGCUGCCAGAGGCGCUAAGGAUGCUAUCGCAAACAAGCUGGGAUUUAAAUCAAACGGAUCGAAACUGGAGUUGGAGUUAGACAAGCUUCGAAGAGAAAAUGCCCACCUCAAGAAGAACUUGGACGACAUGUCCAGACGACAUGCCCAUGCGAAACACUCCGAUUCGGAUAAAACAAAACUGCUUGAGAGGAUCGUCUCUCUGGAGACUUUGAGAGAGAAGAACUCCCAGCAGCUCUUGACCAAGGACCAGGAGAUCGCGUCUCUGCGGCUGCAGCUGCGGUCGGCCCAGGGCGAGGUGGUGCACUCCCUACACUCGCAGCUGGACGAGAAGAAGAGGGAGGCCGAGCAGAGGGAGAGACUCUUCCAGUCGCUGACGGUGGAGACGGAAAACCUGAAGAACCGGUUGGCCUCGGUGACCGAGAGGUGUCAGGCCCUGGAGAAGAAGGAGCCGACUGGUGCACAGGUCCCACCUGGUGAACUUGCUGUGAUACAGGACCAGCUGAAAGAUGCCCUGGAGAAGAACCAGCACUGGCUGGUGUAUGACCAGCAGCGGGAGGUCUAUGUGCAGGGGGUGCUGGCCCGCACGCAGGAGCUGGAGAAACAGCUGGCCAACAAGGAGGCGCACGCAGAGGCGAGUACGAGUUCCAGCAGUGCCCAGCUGGAGCAACAGGCCAAGCAGCUGCAGGAGGCCCAGCGAGAGGUGGAGACACUCAGGGAGAAGGCGUCGCGUGCGGAGCGCGAGCUGGAGGAUCUGAGGCGGCGGGCGGGCAAGGCGGAGUCCGAGACGCAGGCGGAGAGGCAGAGGAGCCAGCAGCGGGCCGGCAGAGAGGCUCAGGAGCUGAGGGAGAGGACCACACGCGCAGAGAGAGAGGCCGAGAGCCUCAGAGAGAAGGUGGUGCGAGCUCAGGAGGAGGCGCGGGGGUUGAGGAGCAGGUACGAGGAGAAGAGGAGGGAGCUGGAGAACUCCGACGCCCUUCUGGAGGAGGAGAGGAAGAGGGCCUCCGAACUACUGCUGCAGGUGAACCUGCUGCAGAAGUCCAUGUUGAACCAGCAUGAGGAACAGAAGCGGGUGGCCAUCUUGGAACAACAGGUGCAGCUGUCGGCUCGGGACUUUGAGAACGAGAAAGUGGACCGCCAUGAACUGCAACAGCAGCUUCACCGUAUGCUGAAGGAACUCCGCAAAGCCAGGGAGCAGAUAUCACGCCUGGAGACCGCCAAGCAGCAGUCUCGUUUCUCGGAGCCCACCCCCUACACCCGGCUGGAGCGGCUGACCCUGGAUGACCCCGCCCCGCUGUGCCCCACCUCCCCCUCCAAGGUGCUGAACGAGAGCUUCCUGGAGUGCCCCAAGUGCCACACCACCUACCCCACCAGCGAGCACCGCGAGCUCCUCAGCCACAUAGACUACUGCAUGGCUUGAGCUAGCGUGGUGGAGCUUUGUUUUGCUUCACUGGUUUGUUUUGUUUGGUUGUAUUUUUUUGUUGCUUAUUUACGGAAUUUGUGCUGCCCAUUCACAGGUGUUAUAUUUGUCUUGUAUAUAUACAGUAUUUACUGCUACCAUAUAUUUCUAAGUAUUCAUUAUGACUGGGAAAUGUACACUUUUCAUACAUCGAUAGGUGGAUCUUCUCCAUGUCCGCCAUUUUGAAUUACUAGUCAUAGAAAACUUUGGCUGUAAGAUAUUAGUUUUUUACUUAGUGGAUACUUUUGGAAAUAUUAUAUUUGUGAAUGGGCUGCAUACAUUUUUUUCAAAUGUUUUAUUUUUAUUAUAGCAUACAUCUUACUUGUUUGCAUACAAGUAUGUUUUACAAAAGUAUUGCUAGCUCCAAAAUCAUAUUGACUACUGCCUGCCUGGCUUGAAGCACCAGCGCUUCCUUAGCUUUUUGUUACCCUUUUUCCCUCAUAAAAUACAAUCUUUAUAUACAUUUUAGCAAAUUCUUUAAGUCGUUUUUACUGGCAGCUUCUUAGUAACUGCCUGGCAAGAGGUACCAACGUUUUCUUUUGAUUUCCUAAAUAUUUUUUCCCUUCUUUGUUAUUAUUUCAUUAUUUCAAGCUCCACAACCACCUUGACUACCUGGCCUGUGACACCAGCUCUUGUUUUACAUACAUUUUCGUCUUUUAGAUUUCUGUUAAACCGUAUAUAAAUCUACAUUUUAUUAAGUAUUUUUUAGAAUUUUUAUUGCCAAAUAUCUGAAGUAUUUUUGUAUUUACAAAGAACUGAACAGUCAGAGAACAUGUGGUGAUUUAGAAAUCCACAUUUGUUUUUUCCUUUAAGUAUGUUUUCCCGCCAUUUGCUUUUGGGCAUUUGAAGUUAAUACUGUAUUUUCACAGAAUAAAG